AUGGCUCAUCAGGCCAUGUCGUACUCGGAAGCCCUCUCGGUACGACAGAGGACAGUUGCACCCUCAUCGGCUGUAACCAACGAGCCAAAUCCGACGAGCCUGCAAGACGCUGACACGAAGGCUGACCCAACGCAACGGGAACGGAAGGCCGACCACCAGCCGCGGACAUCGCAAGAGGAAUCAGCCGUAUAUGUGCUGACCUUGAGCACAACGGCCUCGCUCAGUAAGCCGUUGACAGUGCUCCGCGACAAGCAUUUUCCGAUUCAUCUCAACCACACGGCCGCACACCUCACCAUGUUUCAUGCGCUGCCAGGAUCGGAGAUGACCGGCGUAGUCGCGGCGCUGGAGCACCAUUGUCGAAACACAAGCCCGUUCAGGCUGACGACUGGUGCGCCGUUCCGGAUGAAACGAGGGGUCGGCAUCAGGGUGGGACAGGGCUCCAAGGCCGCGCAACGCGUGCACGAGGAGCUCCAGCAGCGAUGGGCGGACGUGCUCAGUGCGCAGGACCGCGAGAGCUGGCGGCCGCACUGGACUGUCCAGAACAAAGUCGACGACGAGGUCGUCGCGGAGAAGACGUUUGACGAGGUGCAGCGGGAAUUCCAGGGGGCCGAGGGGCUGGCAAAGGGAUGCACUCUGUGGCGCUACGAGAGCGGAGGGCGUUGGAAAUUUGAACGCGACUUCGACUUCGGCGGCGGCAAAUAG